GCACAAUGUCUUCACACGAUAAUGUUAAGGUGUGUUCGCCCACGCUGCAUUUCCCACUGCUUUUAUCUCAAGCAUUAUAAGACAACUAGCUGAAACCAGCCUCACACCUGCACUUAUUUAAUCACAGACUUGUACGAUGAAGGCCCUUCUCCCUCUUGUGGCAGUAUUUGCUGCGGUACUCACGGAAGUGACGUCACAGAGCUGUGCUUCUCAUUCAAAUGGAUGCAGCGUUCCGUUGGACCUCCCAUACUUCUUCAAGAGCCGCUUCACGCCCAGCUGCGACAAGCAUGAUGUCUGUUAUUCAUGUGCUGUCCUUUUCCACAAAACUAAGGAGGACUGUGACAAGAUGCUCUUCAAUGAUGCAAAGAGAGUAUGCUCAUCAAUGAAAAAACGCUUCAUCGUAAACACUCUGACUGCAGCACAGACAAGCUUCUGCAAAGCCAUAUCACUCAGCUACUACCAAGCUACCAAAUAUUUCGGCGCCUCCCACUUUUCAACAACCUCUGAGAGCUGGUGCUCCGAGUCCUGGGUGAAGAGCUGUAUGCCUUGACAACCCUGUGUAAGUCAUUAUCAAUAAAUACUAAGUUGGUACACUGAUGUA